AUGUCACGUAUGCCAUCUAGUUUCGAUGUCACGGAAAGGGAUUUGGAUGAGAUGACGUUUGGCGAAAGGAUUAUAUAUCAUUGUAAGAAACAGCCAUUGGUGCCCAUUGGAUGCCUAUUGACUACGGGUGCUGUCAUCUUAGCGGCUCAAAACGUUCGUGUUGGUAAUAAAUGGAAGGCCCAGUACUAUUUCCGUUGGCGUGUUGGUCUUCAAGCAGCUACAUUAGUCGCGCUGGUCGCAGGUUCUUUUAUCUAUGGGACUUCUGGUAAGGAAUUGAAAGCGAAGGAGGAACAAUUGAAGGAAAAAGCUAAAAUGAGAGAGAAGUUAUGGAUCCAGGAACUGGAGAGAAGAGAAGAAGAAACCGAGGCUAGGAGAAAAAGAGCUGAGUUGGCCAGAAUGAAGACCUUGGAGAAUGAGGAAGAAAUCAAACACCUGGAGAAAGAACUGAGUGAUCUGGAAAACAAGCUUGGAAAGAAAUAA